CCCAAACUUACACCCCUACGCUGGCCUACCUUCGGCAAACCCCGGUGCUAGAGCAUCAGGAUGCUGGUCAGCCUGUAUGACUGUUUUUGGAAUGACCGAUAUUGGUUCCCUAAAGAGUAUUCAUGGGCUGACUUGGAAGAUUCCGAUGGGGCCAUAUAUCCUCACCCCAAGGACUUGCUAACCGUUAUUCCAUUGACAUUUGUCUUAAUAACUGUCAGAUACAUCUUUGAGAGGGCUGUUGGGUUGCCCCUGAGCAGGCUCGUGGGCGUGCGGGAUGGCCGCAGGAUCAAGGCUUCUCACAACCCCAUUCUAGAGUCCUUUUUCCAGACACAGAGUCAGAAUCCAAAAGAGGCUCAGCUGAGUCACCUAGCCACCCAAUGCAGCCUCUCUUUGAGGGAAGUUCAACGCUGGUUUCGACGUCGGAGAAACCAGAAGCAACCAUUAUUGAGCAUGAAAUUCUCCGAAACCUGUUGGAAAUUUAUAUUUUACUUUUCUUCUUUCUUUGGAGGCUUACUCAUUGUCUACAGUGAGCCAUGGUUGUGGAAGUCUGAACUCUGCUGGAAUGGAUUCCCUAAACAGGCUCUGAAGCCUGCCGUAUACUGGUGGUAUCUUCUGGAGUUUAGCUUCUACCUCUCCCUCGUGAUCACCUUAUCCUUUGACGUGAAAAGAAAGGACUUCAAACAACAGAUCAUCCACCACUUUUCUGCCAUCAUCUUGAUCUACUUCUCUUAUUGUGCCAACUACAUACGAAUUGGGACCCUGGUAAUGCUGUUACAUGAUGUAUCUGAUAUCUUCUUGGAGGCAGGCAAAAUGGCCAAUUAUGCACAGUGGAAGAAUUCAAGCACAAUCAUCUUUGUCAUCUUUACCGUGAUAUUUCUCAUUAGCCGGCUAAUUCUCUUCCCAUACAAAAUCCUCUACACUACCUACUAUAGUUCCAUGGAAAACCAUAAACCUUUCUUUGGAUACUACUUUAGCAAUGCCCUCUUGAUGAUUCUUCAGGCUCUCAAUGUCUUCUGGUCAUUUCUCAUCCUUCACGUGUGCUACAGAUUUGUUAUUAUGGGCAAGACUCCAGAAGACGUGAGAAGUGAUAUAGAAGAACAGUGCACCAGUGAUGAGCAGUCAGAGACAGGACAAAAGAGCAAGAGUCCAGAGAGAUCACAGACACUUGCAACUUUUCCCCACCCUGGGGUGUCAGGAGGGCUGUCGCCAACCAAAAGGCAUCAUCGAUCAGUUCCAGCAACAUAGCCUGGUUCAACACAGGGGCCUCAGACAGUCCAAACCAAGGAUGAAUUC